AUGUCAUGUGACGGGCACGUGCGGGCUCGGGGCGUGACAGGAUUCUUUGUUGAAAACCCUCAAGGCUAUGCACUCACGUCUGCAGGUCAGCUUCUUUUGAAAGACGAGGCAUUCAAUGUACGGGCACACAUUUUUCUAUCAUGUGAUCCUGCCCUGUUGAAGCGCUGGAAUCUCUUGACCGAGUGGUUCCAGAAUGAUGGUCCCUCUCCAUUUGAUACUGCAUAUGGGAAUAAUCUCUGGGAUUACAGCGCGCGAGAAGUUCGAUUUGGAAACAUGUUUAACGAGGCCAUGGCUAGUGAUAGUCAGUCGUCUGUAGAAGUGCUGAUGACCAAAUGCAAGUUUGUGUUUGAAGGCUUGACAACUUUUGCUGAUGUUGGGGGUGGUACUGGCAAAGUUGCCCAAAACUUUCCUAGCAUAAAAUGUACUGUAUAUGAUCUCGCACAUGUCGUUGCUAAUCAAGAAGGAGCUGAGAACUUGGAAUUUUUAGCUGGAGAUAUGUUUCAUAGUGUACCCCGUGCUAAUGCAAUCUUGCUCAAGAUGUUGGUUAACUUCGGCCCUGCCAAAGAAAGAACUGAGAAGGAAUGGUCAAAAUUGUUUUCAGAAGCUGGAUUUAGUAGCUAUAAAGUCUAUCCAGUCUUGGGCAUGAGGUGUCUCAUUGAGGUUUAUCCCUAA